CCUAUCCGACGACAAAUCACGAGGAGUAUUUUCUUUUCUUUUUCUUCUCGAAUUUCUGCAAUUUCUAUUAAAAUUCCGCCAGUUUUUUUUUGGAAAAAUUGGCGGUAUGACACCAAAUGGACAUCAUUUUCGAACAGUAAUUUAUAAUGCUGCGGCGGUUGGAAAUUUGCAGAGAAUUAAAGUUUUCACAAUAAAUUCAAGAAACGAUCGACAAUGGAUAAUUGAUUGCUUCAAUUCUGAUCAAGACGGACGAUAUCCACUUGUGAUUGCUGCAAGAAAUGGACACGCAAAUGUCGUCGAAUAUUUGCUAGAAAUUGGAGCCGAUCCAUCUGUUCGUGGUGUUGUGGAAUUUGACAACGAAAACAUUCUUUUCAGAAGGAACACCUCCUUUGUGGGCUGCCUCCGCUGCUGGACACAUUGAAAUCGUAAAGCUCUUGAUCGAAAAGGCAAAUGCAGAUGUAAAUCAAGCAACUAACACAAGAAGUACUCCAUUAAGAGGUGCAUGUUACGAUGGACACUUGGAUAUUGUGAAAUAUUUACUCGAAAAAGGUGCAGAUCCACAUAUACCGAAUCGUCAUGGUCAUACGUGCCUGAUGAUUGCAUCCUACAGAAAUAAAGUUGGAAUUGUGGAAGAGCUCCUAAAAACCGGAAUCGAUGUGAACAAGAAAACCGAGAGAGGAAAUACGGCUCUUCAUGACGCUGCAGAAAGUGGAAAUGUGGAAGUUGUGAAAAUUCUUCUGAAACACGGAUCGGUCCUCAUGAAAGACAUACAAGGAGUUGAUCCAUUGAUGGGUGCAGCACUUUCCGGUUUUCUGGAUGUUCUGAAUGUUCUUGCUGAUCAAAUGCCAUCUGGAAUUCAUAAAAGAGAUGCGUUGAAGCUGUUGGGAAGUACGCUACUUGAUAAGAAAAUGGAUGCAAUGUCGGCGAUGAAUUGUUGGAAACAAUCAAUGGAAGUUCCACUUCAUGCAGAUGAUCUUCGAUUGGUGCGUGAAAUGGAGACAUUCUUCGAGCCCCAAGAAGUGUACGAAUAUCAACGUGAAGCUCAGAAUAUUGCACAAGUAGAGCUUCUCGAUGGAAAUAUCGAAGCUCAGAGAAUGCAGGCAUUGGUGAUUCGAGAGCGAAUACUCGGCGGAGCACACACAGAUGUUCACUAUUAUCUCCGAUUUCGUGGAGCUGUAUAUUGUGAUAUGGGACAGAUGAAUCGGUGUUAUGAUCUAUGGAAACAUGCUCUGGAAUUGCAGCAAAAACACUUUGCCCCGCUCUACUAUGGUACAAUAACCACUCUUCAAUCGUUCCAUGAGACUUUCUCAAUGUCACUCAAUGAUUUUGUGAACAAUCAUCACGCAAACCGUAACCUUCGUGUCAGGUCAUCAUGGGUCAAAUACGUAUUCAAUGGAGUUUGUUUGGAGCUGGAACGUGCUGCUGCGUGGACCGGUGCUCCACUAUUAGAGGAUACGGAAUGCUGUGGAAAAGAGAGAUGUCAGCAUGCGACUGAAGAAUCUGAAUACAAGAAACUUGUAUAUGUAGCUGUGCAUCUUGUGAAUGUACUCGAACGACUAUCUCUUCCUUCUGCACAUAUCGAUGAUUCCGAUGAGGAAAAAGAGCCGAAAGCCGACGUUCGAAGACUGAUGAUCGUGUGCCAUGAAUUACAUAUUCCACUUCUACAUCAUACACUUGAAGAGAGGAUUCCUGAUAGUAACAGUGCAGAGUUGGGACUUCCCAAAGCUGCAGUUUUGGAACAACUUCUAGAACUUGACCUAGAUGUGAAUGCCACUGAUAAGAAUAACGACACUCCAAUGCACAUUCUGCUUCGAGCCAGAGAGUUUAGGAAAAGCUUGGUUCGAGCACUGCUCGUACGUGGCACAUGGCUGUUCGCAAGGAAUCGGCACGGAGAUGUGGUGUUGAAUGUGAUGAAACGUAUGAAAGCGUUGAAUCACGCCAACUUUGAUGAUCUACCACUAGGACGUCACAUAACUUUAGCUGGAUUGGUUGCCAACGCAAUGAGGGUGAAAUAUCCGAAGAAGUUUGUUGGAGUCGAAGAGCAAAUGCCUUUGGAGCUCCGCAGAUUUUAUUUAGCUCAUUAGAUGUUUUUUUUUGUUUUACUCUUCAAUGCUUCUCGGUGCUUAACGUGGCAUUUUUAAAUGUAUUUGUGCUCUUUCACCUUUAAAGAUAUUAAUCUCGAUCUAUCCGUUUAGUUGUCUCUUAGCCUCUUUCAUUAUCGUCGCUCAAUGAGAAAAUACAAGUUGAUACCGGUAGACGUGUCUCCCUCCCCCCAUUCUGAAUGUAAUUGAUUGAUUUACAGCUAAUUUUUUUUCCGAAUCGUUGUGUAAUAAACGUAUUAUAUGUAA